AUGGGAGAAGACGGGUCACCGCUGCAAAUUUCAUUUAUUUACAUUUGCAGAACUGGCACCGCUGCACUGCUGCUCACUCUUUAUCGUCAACCUUCAUCGUUGUUGCAGAUUGAGUUUACAAAAAUUAUUACUCUUCUCUUACAACAUUUUAUCGCUCUCAAUGGUGGAGAUUUGUCGGAUGAGCAAAUUUUGAAUGGGAACCAACCUGAUAUGAAUGAUUGUGUGGCUUCGAAAAAUCAAGAUAAAGAGGGUGUCAACUAUCAAGCAAUUCUACCAUCUCAAAGCUCAUAA